CUGACGUCCAUUGCGAGCAUCAUCGCAUCCAACAUUUAUCCCAGCAGCCGACUCCACCUCUCCAAAACGGGGGGAAAAAACUAUCAUUUAUUAGGACGAAAUCAGAAUCAACCGCCCUUUAUUGCAUUGCGUUUCUUUAUUUAUUGUCUAAAGCAAAUGGAGUUAUACGGGAAGAUGGCUGCUACGCAAGACAACAAACAAAAGGAGAACUCUGAUCAAAACUUUGAUUACAUGUUCAAAUUGCUGAUCAUCGGGAACAGCAGCGUCGGGAAAACAUCCUUCCUCUUCCGAUACGCUGAUGAUACCUUCACAUCUGCUUUUGUCAGUACAGUGGGCAUCGACUUUAAGGUCAAAACGGUCUACAAGAACGACAAGAGGAUCAAGCUUCAGAUCUGGGACACAGCCGGACAGGAACGGUACAGAACAAUCACCACUGCCUACUACAGAGGGGCCAUGGGCUUCAUCCUAAUGUAUGACAUUACUAACGAAGAGUCUUUUGCUGCUGUACAGGACUGGGCGACCCAGAUUAAGACAUACUCGUGGGACAAUGCACAGGUGAUCCUCGCUGGAAACAAAUGUGACAUGGAGGAGGAGAGGAUAGUGUCUGUGGACAGCGGCAGACUGCUGGCAGAACAGCUCGGAUUUGAGUUUUUCGAGACCAGUGCGAAGGACAACAUCAACGUGAAGCAGACUUUUGACCGCCUAGUGGAUAUAAUCUGCGACAAGAUGUCCGACACUCUGGAGGCCGAUCCUGCGGCGGGCGGCGGGACUCCCAGCGCCAGACUUACUGAGACCCCUGCACCCCCUCAGCCCUCAGACUGCAGCUGCUGAUCGGCUCAACCUGCUCCUGCUCAACCCCCAGCCCCGACCUGGCUUCAAAUCCUCGUUUUUCGGUGUUAACGACAUAGCGAACUAGCAAGAUUGUGCCAAAACACACGUGUCAAAAUCUUCUUUAAUGCCAUGAUUCCAGUCCGCAGGUCUUCUUUCAGGGGUUGCUCAUGUUCCUGUACCGCAAUAUCUCUACUAUUAGUCAUUUUAGCAGAGCUGAGGUGAACUUUAGACGCUCCGCAAUCAUUCCCAUGUCUCUCAGGGGAAUUAUAAACUUCUGCAAAUUUAUAAAUUCUAACUUAUGUGUAACCUAUAUAUUGAGAGGGUGUCGUGACCGAGUUUUACUGGACCUGUUUGUAUGCGGUUGAGCGUGACGGAGAAAAUGACUGCGAACGCGAAAAAGUGUGGAGAAAAAAGAAAUAAAUGUGGCCU